CGGGUUCGUUUAGUGGCCGGUCCUUCCUUGUCCCCUGUCAGCAAGACCUCGUAGCGGAGGGUGAACCCCAGCCCCGCCGCCUCUCGUGUCCGCUCCUCUUCCCCACAGUCUCCAGGCGUGAGGUUAGAGUAUUUCCCAAUUACAUUUAAAUCUGGUCAAGGCCUUGACUGCAAGCUUCAGUCUGACACCUCUGCUGUAGAUGAUGGCCACAAAGAUGGAAAGAGCAUAAUAUAUAAUCAGAUGCACAGACUUUAAGGGAUGAAAAAUUAUUGAAGGAUACUAGGAAAAGUCCUGAGGCCCCAAACAAAGAAUGCUCAGGACUUCCCUCAACCUUCCUAACAUGAUGCCCUUCUCAUCCUCUCUGUCCCCUGAAGACCCAGGAACUAGGACUGAGCUCUGGAUACCCAGGACAAACGACCAGAUCCCAUUCUCUUUCCCACAAGCAGGAUUUUAAAUGUUUAGACCUGAUGUGAACUCUCAGCAAUAGUGAAGAGAAGAAUUGUGGGCCCUGAACAUGUGGACACAAAGGAAGCUGAAGGAAGAGAGCCUGAGAAGGUGACUGCUCAGUGAUAGUUCCUGCUGAACACCCAGAGGAGAACUGAGGUCAGAUGAUGGCAUCCAAGUUCAUGCCAGCUGAGCCAAAGGCCCUCGUGACAUUCGUGGAUGUAGCUGUGAAUCUCACCCAGGAGGAGUGGCAUCUCCUGGGCCCUGAUCAGAGGAGUCUCUACAGGGAUGUGAUGCUAGAGAAUUACGGCAACAUUGUUUCACUGGGAUUCCAAGUGACUAAGCCUGAUGUGAUAUCUCAGCUGGAACGAGGGGAAGAGCCAUGGGUCCAGAACACACAAGGAGCUGAAGAGAAAAAAGUCCUAAGAGGUGACUGCUUAGAUUGUAAAACCCAGACUGAGAGUGAGGCGUUGUCUCCAAAGCAAGAAAUUUCUGAUGAGAAUAAAUGCCAGAAUCUGAUAUUGCAUAGACUUAGAGGACUUGUGCCUCAAGGACCCAUGUUGGGAGAAGCUGUCGAAAAUGAAGACAGGCUAAAGGAAAUGUGGGCAUCUCCUGCAGGAAGGAACCUGAGGACAUUCCUUUCCCAAAAGAGAAGCUUCAGGCCAGUGCCAGUGGUCCAUCAAAAACCCCUUAUAUUGGAAAGAGGUCAAGAAUGUAGUGAAUUUGGGAAAAAUCUCAGUUUGAGUAUAACCCCUAUAAGAUAUCAAAGAGUUUCUUCAGAAUGGAGACCCCAGCAAUGUGAUGAAAUGGGCCAAAUAUUUGAGCAAAAUUCAGAAUUGAUUACAAAUCAGAAAAAACAAACAGAAGAAAAGCCCUAUAAAGCUAAAGUAUAUUGGAAAGCAUUUACUCAGAAUUCAAACCUCAUUGAACUUCAGAGAAUUCAGACCAGAGAGGAACCCAAUGAGUGUAAUGCCAAUGAAGAAACUUUCAAUCAGACAUCAAUCCUUAUCAAAAAAGAAAAAGUGCUUAAUGGAGAAAAACCCUAUGAAUUUAACGAAUGUGAAAAUACCUUUAACACACAAUUAUCCCUUAUUCAAAACCAUAAAAUCCCCACUUUAGAGAAACCCUAUCAGUGUACAGAAUGUGGGAAAGCCUUUAGCUUGAAAGGAAACCUUAUCCGACACCAGAGACUUCACACUGGAGAGAGACCAUUUGAGUGUAAUGAGUGUGGAAGUGCCUUCAGUUUGAAGGGAAAUCUUAUUCGACAUCAGAGACUUCACACAGGUGAGAAACCAUUUGAGUGUACUGAAUGUGGGAAAGCCUUCACUCGGAGCACUGCCUUUAUUCUUCAUCAAAGACUUCACACUGGUGAGAAACCCUAUGAGUGUACUGAAUGUGGGAAAGCCUUCAGCCAGGAAGGAAACCUUAUCCAGCAUAAGCGAUUUCACACUGGUGAGAAACCCUACCAGUGUAAUGAAUGUGGAAAAGCCUGUAGUGAUCGAACAUCCCUUAUUCAUCAUCAGAGAAUUCACACUGGAGAGAAACCAUAUCUGUGUAAUGAGUGUGGAAAAUGCUUCAGCCAGAGUUCAAUUCUCAUUAAACAUCAGAAAAUUCACACAGGGGAAAAGCCCUAUGAGUGUAAUGAAUGUGGAAAGGCCUUCAUUCUAAAAUCUUGCCUUUUUAGACACCAGAGAAUUCACACUGGAGAGAAACCAUAUCAGUGUAAUGAAUGUGGAAAAGCCUGUAGUGACCGAACAUCCCUUAUUCACCAUCAGAGAAUUCACACUGGAGAAAAACCUUAUGUGUGUAAUGAAUGUGGGAAAGCUUUCAGCCAGAGUUCAAGCCUCAUAACACACCAGAGAAUUCACACUGGAGAAAAACCUUAUGAGUGUAACCAGUGUGGAAAAACCUUUAGUGCAUCUUCAAACCUUAUUCAACAUCAGAGAAUCCACUCCGGAGAGAAACCUUAUGAAUGCAUAAAAUGUGAGAAAACUUUCAUUUUGAAGUCUUACCUCAUUAGACACCAGAGAAUUCACUCUGGAGAUACCUUGUGAAGGAAGAUACAUUUGUGAGAGAGCUUUCAGUACACAUUCUUCCAUUACUCAGCAUCAAAAAAGUCACAUUGGCAACAAACCAUAUGGUUGUAUAAAAACCACAGAACUUUUAGAAUAAUAAUGAUUGUGAUCAAGUCUUUAUUCAGCACUUCAAUCUUAUUCACCAUUAGAAAAGCUAUUCUAGAGAAGAAAACUCUGUAAUGUACUUUUAGUAAUAGUGUUCAUUUUGCAAAUUAAGCUCUUAUAAGGAAGGCCCUUUUGCUUCUCAAAAUGGCGCCUAUGUGAUUUAAGUAUGCUGCAACUAGGUGGUAGUAUGGUGUCUGCCACAUGAACUGAACAGAGGAUUCACGUCCUGGUAACCUUGGCUUUUAUAAAAGGAUACUUUUACCUUCUCACACACUACAUGUGUGAUUGAUGUUUUCUGCCACUGAAUGAUUAUAUGGUGCUGGCUGACACGUGAAUAUGAAUUGUAGACGUCAUAUUCGUGAAAGUUCCUAACUUUCAAAGGGCAAGCUUCUGGUCCAGUUCUCACAUUUUUUUAGCAUGAAUUUCAACAUUGUUUUAUAUUUUGAAAAACCUUUAUUAACUAAAGUCAAUUAGGUGACUUUAGGGAAACACUAUAUCUAUCUAAACAGCAUUUUAGAGGACAUGUGUUAGCCAAUUUCUAGGCUUCAAUUAGGUGGCUUUCCUCCUUAGCUAAUUGUUCUUUAUCUUUUAUCCUUGUACUUGGCCGCAAGGAGAAAGAUGUGACACUUUUCAAUAACAUCAUGAUGAUAGCAGUUUAUUCUGUUUAAAUUUCUUUCUUUGUGUGUUAUUCUUUUGUAUGACAUGAAGUUCAUUUAACUGCUUUGGUAGUUUGUAUGUGAAGGUAUUAGGAGUAAUAACAACACAUGUCACAACUACUUAACUUUGUAUGAGAUGACCCUCCCAAUUCUGCACCUUUCUGAGCCUCAUUUAUUGUUGUUGGCCAAGGGCUUCUCUCAGCUGCCAGAAGACAUUCAGGAAAGAAAUUUAAUGUCUUCCUCCCUCUCCUUACCUCUAUGAUCUCUUCUUUAAUUCCAUGAGGCAUUUGAAGUACGAGAAAGCUAGGAAAAUGGAAUCCUGUGAUUUGAUUCUGUAAGUAGGAGAUAUUUAGUCUAUUAUCUUUUUUUCUCCUCAGAUGUUCACUCUUUUGUUCUCACUUGCCAACAGACUGGGUUGUAUGGGAAGCUGAUCAAUUUGCCUAAAGCCAAUUAGCCUAAUAAUUAAUUUGCUUAAAACCAUAUUCUCUUCUGUGUUACCAUAUGUUCCCUCCCAAGUCUUACCUCAGCCUAUCAGAUCAAUGUACCUGAAGCCAUUUUGCCUAAAACCAAUUAGCCUGAUGCCAACUUGCUUAAUGAUCAAUUUACCUAAAGCAAUUAAGCAUUUUGGCAUAAUUUAUGUGUGUAACCCAUUUGUGCUUUUAGCCUCCAUAAGUAUUUUUGCUUCUUUUUUUGUCUCACUUUGUUUUGAGCACUUUAAACAUUUUUUAUCAAUGUCUAAGAGUACUUCUGAUUAAAUCAAAUAUUUAUCACAUUUACAACUUUUCAUAUAGGACAGGAUUGUCUUGCCAUCUUAUACAUUUUUCCUAACUUCUUGAAGAUUUUUUUCCUCCUUUUUUAAAAAUUUUUUUUAUUUUUAAGGGCAACAGGGGUUAAGUGACUUGCCCAGGGUCACACAGCUAGUAAGUGUCUGAGGGUGGGUUUGAACUCAGGUCCUCCUGAAUCCAAGGCUGGUGCCUUAUUCACUGCGCCACCUAGCUGCCCCCACUUCUUGAAGAUUUUUCCAUUUUAUCUACCCUUGUGUAUUUUACCAUUUUGAGACACAGUGUGGAAUAGUAGAAAGAGUAGUAAAUGGGCUUGCAGUCAAAACUAUUUAAAUGAUAGCUCUGUUAAUAAAAUUAGUACAUAUUCAAUGUUUAUUCAUAUUAAUGAGGCAUCAUCUUACAGACUAAGGGUGAAGAGAUAUAAUGGCAAUAUUAAAGACUUCAAAGGUCAGCUGUUCUAGUCUUUUAUUUAAAGCAGGAAUCCUUACAAAAAUAUCAAAUGUUCACUCAGCCUUUACUUGAAGAUCUCUAGUAGCUGUGAACUUCUCCAAGGAAGUUUGGAAGUUUUGCCUUAUAUUGAACUGAAAUAUUUGUAACUUUCACACAUUGGUCCUGGUUCUGCUUCCUCAGGCCAAGCAGAACACAUUAAAUCUUUCCUCCAGAUACCUUCAAAUUCUUGAAGAUAUCCAUUAUUUCCCUUGCCAAGUCUUCUCUUUUCCAGGCUUACCAUCUCUAGUUAGUUGACUUGAUCUUCAUAUGGUACUCCCACCAUCCUAGCUACCUCUCCUGUUUGUGCUCCAGCUUGUCAAUGCCCUUUCUAAAUGGGAUGCCCAGACUUGAACACAACACAGAUUGGCUUAGCUGGGGAGAUUAUGUUCUUGAUUGAGACUAAAAUCUAGUUUUUCCAGCUCCUCUGUCACACUGUUGACAUACUGAGCUUGCAGUUCACUAAAACCUCUUUUUGUUUUUUCACAUAAUCUUUGUACCAUGUCUCCCAUAUCCUGUACUUGUGCACUUGAUUUUUUUUAACUUGUGCAGAACUUGAGUCAGUUUAAUUCUAUUACAUGUGCUGCAUUUUCCCAACCUAUAGAAAUCUUUUGGAUGAGGAUUCCAUUACUUGGUGAAUUAUCUGUCCCUCUUAGCUUUAAAAUACAAAGAUGAUAACUGUGCUAGCCAUAUUUUCAUUCAGGUCAUUGAUUAAAAUGUUGAAUACAACUUGAUGAAGGACAGAGCCCCAUUACAUUCCAUGAGUGACCUACCUUCAGGGUCAUUGGUGUUUAGAUCUGGAAAGGACCUUAAAGUUCAUCUAACCUAACCCCUUUAUUUUACAUAUGAGAUCCAGAGAAGUUAAAGUGAUUUGUAAAAGUCACAUAGAGGUUGACAUCACUCUUUGAGUUCUGUCAUUCAUCUACUUAUAAACUCAUCUGAUUUUGUUAUUGUUCAGUGCUCUCCAUCUUGAUCCCGAGACUACUAUGAAAGACAUUGGGACAUACCUUGUUGAAUUAUAUGUUAUAAUGGUUAUGGAAUUUCCUUGAUCUAUCAAUCUAAUGACCCUAUCAAAAAAAAAAAAAGAAAUUAUGUUAGUCUGACAUGUUUUGUCUUUAAUUAAUCCAUCCUUGCUUUCUGAGACCCCAUGAGCUAUCUCAUCGAUAAUCCAUUCUAGAAUUCUACUGGAAAUAAAUGUUAACCUCAUAGUUUGAAGAAUCUGUUCUCUUGAAAAUUGGCCAGUUUUCCCAUCUCUGUUCAUAGCACCUCAUCCAUUCUACGUGAUUCCUAAAAGCUGGUUGGCUGUUACAAAUUAAUCACAUACAUGUAUUCUUAUAAAUUGGAAUUUGUUGAAACAAAAUGGCUCAAGGGGCAGAUAGGUGGCGCAGUGGAUAGAGCACUGGCCCUGGAUUCAGGAAGACCUGAGUUCAAAUCCGGCCUCAAACACUUGACACUUGCUAACUGUGUGACCCUGGGCAAGUCACUUAACCCUAAUUGCCUCACAAAAAAAAAAAAAAAAAGCUCAAAUUCAUUAAGGUCAACUAAGAAUACUUUUACCUCCUUACAUCUUGGGUUUUAAUCCACUGCCAACCACUUUUUUUUUUAUCCUGGCCUUCCACUCUGAAGAACAUUCUGCAUGAUUGAGAACACUGAAGUAAAAUGGAUGGUGAGUAAUUGUGUCCUCUCUUUUUGGUCAGUUAUCUUCCCAUAUACCUCAAACAGUGCUCAUUCCUUUUUCUUCUUGCCUCUAACAUAAUUUUUCUCAGUAUUUGUCACAAGACUUUGUUCUAGACUUUGACUUUCCAUGAAUAUAAUUUACACUUUUUAUAUUUGCCCUUACUUGCCUGCCCUUUCCAUCUUUUUUCAUGUCUUUCUAAAAUCCAGGUUCAACAAUAAGUUCCUUGUACUUCCACAUCAUUAGAGGAGAGAAGCAGGUAGGGCAGACUGGUUCUCCCUAUCUUACCUGGACUGAAAAUGCAGUGGCCCCUCAGCACCCAAUCCCACUGCUGAUCAGCAAAGAGGCUUGACCUGCCGUAUUUACAACCUGGGCUGGUUAGCCUCUCUUUAUUCAGCCUGGUGGUCCAUCACUCCAGAGGUCUUACCAUAUUAGAGCCAAACUUAGUGUGGACACCAGAACAGCUUUAGUCCUGCUGUAGCAGAAAACUCAAGCUCAUAUAGUCCACCAGUCUCGACCUCAGUAGCAGGGAUUACAGUGUAGUCACCAUACCUGGACACAUUAAUUUCUUAAGGUAUCUAUCAAGGAUCUCAUCUUGGACUAUAGAUCUGAAUGACUACUCCAGCUUCCUGAGCCAUAAGCUCCUCCUUAGAAACUAUGCAGGUGAUAUUGCCUUGGGCCCCAUGGUUCCCUCCUUCACUAAUUUCUAAAUUUAUAUCAAAAGCAUAACUAACUCAAGGUAGGAGGCCUCUUAAUCUUAGUCCCUGAGUCUAUGUGGUUCCUUGAGUCUAGAAAUUUUAAGUUACCCUGUUCUUAAAUACCUCCUUCCUUUCUGCCAUUUCUAAUGUACCUAAAUCCCUGAUCUGAAAUGCCCCUUCCUUUUUUUUUUUUUUUUGUGGGGUGGGGGGGGUGGUCCUAUCAAAAAAUGCCAGAAAAGAGUUUACUGUGAGAAUUAUUUGCAAAGGACUCAAGAUGCUUCUACCUUCUUUAAUGUCCUGGCUUCUUCAGCAUCUGGUUUACAAUCUUUUUUCCCCAUUUCCUGCCAUCAUCCUUCAGAAUUUCCAGAUUUGUCUCAAUGUUUCAUCUAAUAUCCCUUCAAGAGAUCUUUUUUCUCCCUGUCAUUGUUGUUUAUUACCCACACAGACUUCAACCACUGAUAGGCUCCUAUCACCACUACUCCAAAUGAAAGAGGCAUCAACUUAGAACCAGAGUUUUUAACCAUUUUUUGUGACUUGGUUCCUUUUGGCAGUCUGCUAAAGCCUGUGGAUCGUUUCUCAGGAUAAUGUUUUUUGGUUUUGGUUUUGGUUUUCUUUUUAAUAAUACUUUAUUUUUUCCAAUUACAUGAAAAGAUAGUUUUUGACAUUCAUUUUUGUAAGACUUUGAGUUCCAAAUUUUUCUCCCUUUUUCCUUUCCCUCCCCCCCUCCCAAAACCAGCAAGCAAUCUGAUAUAGGUUACACAUUACAAUAUGUUAAACUUAUUCCCACAUUAGUAUGCUGUCAGACAAGAAUCAAGACAAAAGGGAAAGACCACAAGAAAGAAGAAACAAACAACAAAAGUGAAAAUCAUAUGCUUUGAUCUGCAUUCAGACUCCAUAGUUCUUUUUCUGGAUGUGGAGAACAUU